CCGCUAAUAAACACCAAAGAAGAAGAGACGUAAACAUGGCGGCUGCGAGCGUGAAAGAGUUGAUCGGACAGAACGAGCAGGCAGAGACGGCGUGCGACCCGCAAAUAAACCAAAAGAAAAAGCAGAAGAAGAAUAACGUGGCGGUUACGGACGUGGAGGAUUCAAUCGAACAGAACGAGCAGCUGGAGAUAGUAUGUGACUCGCCAAUGAACCCACAGAAGAAGAAGGAGCAGGAGGAGGAGGACAUGCAGCUGUCGGAUUUAAUCGAGACGUUUCGCAGCAUUUCCGAAAGCGAAAAACACUGGGAGUGCAGGAGGGACUUUAUAUUCCGAAACUACGACGAUUACGAAGACCCUCACGUGGAUCAGCUGCUCGCGCUGUCUAUGGUUUGGGCGAACCACGUGUUCCUGGGCUGCAGGUAUGAUGAAGUGCUGCUGGAGAAGGUGAAGGAGAUGGCCGAGGGAAUCGUGGUGGAGGACGCUCCUGUUUUUAAAACCAGAGAUGAGCUGAUCAAACAGAAGAGGUGAUGCCUGCGCCCUGACGAGGAGCUGAUGAAGAGCCGACCAGCUUGUUGAUCCCUAGCUGUACAUAUGACCUGCUUUUUGAUAUUGCUUUUUUUUUUAUUACCGUGCACAUUUCGAUAAUUGGCCACAAUAAAAAACAAACGCCUUCCCUUCGCUCCAAGUCUGAAAAA